AUGGACAAGCUGUGCCAGCCACACCCGAUGUUCCAGCCCACACGCAAGAGCCACCAAGCUCAGACUCCGAGCCAGAGGUUCGCCCCACGAAACGCCAAAAGGCCCAAGCGGAUCAAGACUUUGAGUGCCCACAUUGUGCAAAGGACUUCAAAAGGCUCUAUAAUCUCAAGUCUCACCUUUUGA